CGUAUCCCCAAACAUUUACUACCACAACACUUCACGAAGAAGAAGAAACAACCAGAAUGGCAACAAUAGCCGGCGUAAACCUCUCAACCCCUACAGUGUUGGCCAAGGCAGCCGACUCGCCAAAGGCUUUGAAGAGCCCAUGGCUCAGCCACCCUUGGAAGAGGUCCACCCAGUUGGCCGGAGCCGGUCGCAUGCACGUCGUCAGACCCCUGGCUGCAGCACCGGAUAAGAUAUCGGAAAAGGUGGCGGAGAGCAUCAAGCAGGCUGAGAGCGCGUGCUCCGAUGACCCGGUGAGCGGCGAGUGCGUUGCGGCAUGGGACGAGGUGGAGGAGCUCAGCGCCGCGGCUAGCCACGCACGUGACAGGAAGAAAGAGUCCGACCCGUUGGAGACCUACUGCAAGGACAACCCGGAGACCGACGAGUGCCGCACGUACGAGGACUGAAAGAAUUAAUUAGAUCAUGUUUACGCUUUAUAUCCUCUUGUAAUCCUUUGCUUGAUAGUUCUUUAUCUGUCUUAUACACUAUUAAUGAUAGAACCUUUAUCUUUCUUUUUAAAAA